CGGAGUCGGAGGGCCGGGCCAGGGCUGGGUGUGGUCGCCACUGUUCCAGAGUGCCCAGUGGUGCCGCCUGCCGCGGUAGUACAAACUACAAAGGCAAAGGGGACUCCCCCGCGUCCGCUUCCCUCGCCCCCCCAGUCCCCAGACAUGGCGCCCUGCGCGUCCCCGUCCGCCCUCGCGCUCUCCGCCAGCACGCGGGUCAGCAUCCUCCGGCUCCCGCUGGCGCUGCGGCAGCGGGCGGAGGCGCGCGUGCCCGGCGCCCAGUUCCGCCCGUCGACCGCGUGCUCCUGGGCGCGCCCCUUGCUGCCCGAGCUCGCGGGGGCGGUCCCUCGUGCCGGCGCCCGCGGCACUGGCAGGAGGACGCAGCCGCUGUUCCGGCCUCGCGCAUUGACGACGACGUCUCAGAUUGCCAGCUGCGCCUUCACCCUGGGCACGGUCGCCGUCCUCCCCUUCUACACCCUCAUGGUCGUCGCCCCCAACGCCGACAUCACCAAACGCACCGUGGAGAGCGGCGCUCCCUACGUCGCCCUGGGCCUCCUCUACGCCUACCUGCUCUACCUGUCCUGGACCCCCGACACCCUGCGCGCCAUGUUCGCUAGCAAGUACUGGCUCCCUGAGUUGGCGGGCAUCGUGAGGAUGUUCGCGAGCGAGAUGACCGUCGCCUCCGCGUGGAUCCACCUCCUAGCAGUCGACCUCUUCGCGGCAAGGCAGGUGUACCACGACGGCCUCAGGAACAACGUCGAGACCAGGCACUCUGUCUCGCUGUGCCUGCUCUUCUGCCCGGUUGGGAUCCUGGCUCAUGUGCUGACCAAGGUACUGGCAGGGGCAGUUGCCCGCUCACACUGAUGAUUGCAAUUGGGUGGUUGUAUUGUAUCUAGGAUUCUUCCAUUGUUACCAUGUGGAGAUGUGGAUUGAGCGGAAUUGAUAGGGUUUACCGUUUGAUUCACCAAAUGUAACGUAAAUGAUAAGAGUAACGAUUCACACUCGAAUACCGGUGGUAAUAAAUUUAAAUAAGGCGGUAUCCAUUUAUAAUACGGUUGGACUUAAACAAACGUUAAAUCGUUAUACUUUGGUAACGUAAUGGUAACCGAUAACGUUAAAUCAUGUUUGUUUAAGUCCAACCGGUAUCGAUAUCAUACUACAAAUGUAUACCGUCUUAUUUAAAUUUAUUACUACCAGUAUUCGAAGGUGAAUCGUUACCAUUACUAUUUACGUUACAUUUGAUGAACAAAAUAAAUCCCAAACAAGUUAAAUUUUUUAACUUUUUCUAAUUCUAUUCAAUCUAUAUGUAAUAGGAAUAACCGAACGAGCCGGUUUUAUAUGAUCUGGAUAUGAAUAAAACUGGUUUAACGCA